AUGGGUCCAGCGAGGAACCACAAACGGAAGACCUCGGUGCUUCCAAGUGAGGGCAUGCAGCAACAGAACAUCUCCGCCAUGCUUGGCGAGCGAAUCACGAAACCGCGAACCUUCCAUGACGGCAUCCCACCUAUGCUCAAGCGUCGGAAAACGGAUGCUACAGGUGCGCCUUCUGAAAUCCCGGCUGCGAAGGAACCUCCGGCGCCUGCGAAGCCCGCCGUCCUGGCACAGAAACGGAGGUGGAGACUUGCAGAAAUUCUCGAGAAGGAUCGCGAGGCUCGCAAAAUUCGCACUCAAGGUGCUCCAGCCUUUGUUUUUCUCGCGCCUCACAUCGACACCAAGCGGCCUGACGUUGGUUCCCAUCGCCUGCAGUUGCCCCCGCCACAGCAGGCGAAGCCUCGAAAGAAGAAGGGAUUGAAGCAAGUCAGGUUUGCUGCCGACGUGGUUUCCUCUCCAUCCAAAAAGGACGCGGCCUCACCUUCGACAUGCAUCCACCUCAGAGAAAGUUCGAGGGCGAUACAAGUUCGCGCAGGUUCCUCGGUCUCGGGCGGCGAAGCGAUUCUGUACAGUCGAGACAUGCUCCCGCAAUCACAUCUUCUGCUGCUCGAUGUUUUGAUUGGUCUUGAGAGCGCAGUUGCUCUCCUGAAGACGAGAAGGACGAUGCCGACUGUCGCGGCUGUCAGAGAGAUCGUUCAGAGGAGCACGAAGAGAAACUUCACUCCGAAAAUAUUAUCCCAACUUGCUCAUCUCAUUCCAGAGGCCAUUGCUGUAGUUCCUGGCACAUCAUCUCCUACAAAGAAAAGAGCAAGACUUGAUUCAUUUCUUAUCAGGUUGGAUAGUGUAGACGCUGACGGCGACGGGGGGGCAUCACCAGUUACUGGAAAGAAUACUGGUAGUUCUGUUAUAGGAGAUUCUGCUGCACGGAUCCGCAGGUCUUUGCUUCACAAGCGAUUACUUGCACAAGUCAAGGAAGAACAUGGCAAAUUUCUCAGAAAGCGAUCGAUUUCGCGACAUGAAGGAGACCUUUGGCAUGAAGAUUUUGACCUGGAGGUCCAUGUGAAAGAGCUUCCUGCCCCUCCUCUGUAUUCAGUUGAGACUGUUUCUCCUUCUCGUCCUAAGCCUAUCUCUCUGCUGGUUCAGCCUGACGCGGAGAAGAAAUCGAAACUAUUGGCGGCGAAGAUCGACGUUAGCGCUGACGCUAGCAAAGCUGAGGAGCGCAUCGAGAGUCAUGAUAUUGAUGACUGCAUCCCAGCGGGUCUUCUCCAAAAGGUUCGAGCCCGCUCAGAAGCACAAAAAGUCCACGCGGUGAAAAUGGAAACUGAGAAAGCUACCAACCGCACUUUAUUAUCGAAGCUUCCGGUGACGAUGGACACUGUUUGCUCAAUUUUGAGAACAGAACGAAGAAGUGCUGUAGGGUGGAGGCAGCUGAUUGGAAAAGUUGAAAAGCUGCACCCAAAGAAAUGGUCCAAGGAAGAUUUAGAUAGACAGCUCAAUGCAAUUGCCACGUUGGGGUCGGACUGGUGCAAGAAAGUAGAGCUGAAAAGCUCUCGUGGUGGAUUCGCAUUUCGAGUGCACUCUGAAACCAGCUAUGUGAGCGCACGAGCGAAAGUAUCAGCGACGGUAUCUUAUUCAGUUGAUGACUAA